AUGGCGGAAGCUUUCCAAGUAGUAGUUGAUGAUUUGUACUUUGGAGUGUUGUCAGUUGGCUCUGAUGAUGGUGGUGAGGAAGAGGUCUUUCCUAUUUCUGACGAAAAGUACGCAGAAGAGUUGUGUCUUCAAGAGGCAGAGGCUCUGCUGUCCUCUGUCAGAACUUCUGUGUCUAUUGGUGUUACUAAGAGUUCUUCUAAUUCAAGCUAUAGAAAGUCAGAAAUUGGAGAAUCAUCUUCAUCAUCAUUGAAAAUAGAAGAUACCUACAGGAAUACUAGUGACGAUAAGAAGAUGAAAUCACCAAUGGAUGCUAAUUCUAUUGUAAGGGAUGAUCAGCAUUCUUCUGAAAUGAGCUUCUGUGAGAUUUGUAUGGAAGCAAAACCAAAAAGUGAGACGAGGAACACUGUUAACAAGUGA